AGCAAUACAAGAUGACAAUCCUUCAAGACACAGUGAUAACCUCUUCGGAUUAUCAGAAUGAUAGUGAUUUCCUUGAUCUGGCUAGCUACGAGGAUAUUACAAAUGGAAUUUGUAAACCAAAUUUUCUCAUUGAUGUCAUGGGAAAAGUUUCUGAUCUUGGAGCAGUAGCGACGGUUCAAGCUAAAGGUGUCGACACCAAAAGAGUUCACUUUCGUUUACUUGAUGCAAGUGGAAAUGAAAUUGCAUGCUGCUUAUGGGGAAAAUAUGCUGAGCAAAUUGAAAAACAUUUAGAAGAAGAAUCGGAUGAGAUUGAAAUAUGUUUGAUAAGGUUUGCAAAAAUCAGCCACUUCAGAGGAGAAGUACAAAUCACCAAUGCAUUUGAUGCUUCACUUAUGUUUCUCAAUCCAACAAUGGAGGAAGCUGUUGAUUUUAAACAGAAGAUUGAGGAUAACCCUCUUCCCCUAGCAAUCUUUGAUCAGGAUAAUGAGAAAAAGAUAAUGAAAACUGCUGCUGAGAAUUGGAAUGAUGUAAACGUGAGAUGUAUAUCAGAAAUUUUGCAGAGCGUUGAGCCUGAGAACUGCAAGAUCAUCUGUUCAAUUGAAUCCAUUGACACGGAUUGGGGAUGGUUCUAUUUUGGAUGUAAUCGACACAACCGCCGUCUGACUAAGGUUGGUAGAAAUUCAUCUGUUAAGAUGAAUAAAUCUAUAGCACCACAGUUUUAUUGUGACGUGUGUCGUUCCACCUGUUCAAACUUCUCACCCAAGUUUAAGCUACAUUUGUCUGUUAAAGAUGACAGUGAGGCCUGCAGGAUUAUGCUUCUUGACACUAUAGCUAUGACAAUUAUUGGCGUGAAAGCUUCAGAACUAUGGGAUGGUUCGUUCGCUGAGAUUGAGGAUCCAGAUUUGCUACCUGCGCCAAUUCAAAACUUGGUUGGCAAAUCUUUUUGUUUUGGUGUUAAAAUAACCAGUGAUAAUUACUCCAAUGGAUCUGACACUUUUAAGGUCUCUGAGGUCUGGUCUGGUGAUUAUAUUCAGAGGAUCGAAUCACUCUCUGAACCACUUUCCCUUAAUGAGACCAAUUCGUCAACACUGUCUGGUGGAGAAAUACCGGCAAUCGAGUGUAGCAAUGAGAAUUCAUCUGAAGAUUUUGCUACCCCUAAAAACAAGCGUAAGGAAGAUGGGAGGGAUCAAAUGGACAUGACAUCUACAUCAAAAAAGUUGUGCUCUAAGAUCGUGAAAAAGGAGAAGACUGAGAAGUGA